UCUCCUCUCUUCCUAGGAAGAGUUUCUCUCGCUUAGAGCUCUUCUCUUUGAAACCCCUUUAGGCAUACUGUUCCCAGAAGGGACAGAGAAGAGUUCCAGAGAUGGCCCUCGCCAGCGGCUCUUCCCUCCUCCCCCGCCAUCAUCCGCUCCCGUGUUCGUCCUCGGCCGGCGGCCAGGCUUACCUCCCAUCCCUUGUUCGCGCCGGCCAGAGAAGGGCCCCUUCCCGCCCCAUUUCCGCCGUCCACGCUGCGGAACCCGCCAAGAACCCGGUCAAGACCAAGGAACCGGCGCCGGUGACGGAGACGAAGCCGGGGAAAUGGUCGGUGGACAGUUGGAAGGCCAAGAAGGCUAUCCAACUGCCGGAGUAUCCCGACAAGGCUGAGCUGGAGUCGGUUCUGCGAACGAUCGAGAACUUCCCGCCGAUCGUGUUCGCCGGAGAGGCCCGCCACCUGGAGGAGCGCCUCGCCGACGCUGCCCUCGGCAAGGCGUUCCUCCUCCAGGGGGGCGAUUGCGCCGAGAGCUUCAAGGAGUUCAAUGCCAACAACAUCCGGGACACCUUCCGGAUCCUCCUCCAGAUGGGCGCCGUCCUCAUGUUCGGUGGUCAGUUGCCUGUCGUCAAGGUGGGGAGAAUGGCGGGACAAUUCGCGAAGCCGAGGUCGGAGCCGUUCGAGGAGAAGGACGGGGUGAAGCUGCCCAGCUACAGAGGGGACAACAUCAACGGCGACGCGUUCAACGAGAAGUCGAGGGUUCCCGACCCGCAGAGAAUGAUCCGGGCAUACUGCCAGGCGGCGGCGACGCUCAAUCUGCUCCGGGCGUUCGCCACCGGUGGCUACGCCGCCAUGCAGCGCGUCACACAGUGGAACCUCGAUUUCACUGAGCACAGCGAACAGGGAGACAGGUAUCAGGAGCUGGCUCACCGGGUGGAUGAGGCCCUUGGGUUCAUGGCUGCAGCUGGGCUCACUAUGGACCAUCCUAUCAUGACAACCACUGAGUUUUGGACCUCCCAUGAGUGCCUGCUUCUCCCCUAUGAGCAGUCCCUCACCCGUGAGGACUCCACCUCUGGUCUCUACUAUGACUGCUCUGCUCACUUCCUCUGGGUCGGUGAGCGUACACGCCAACUCGAUGGUGCCCAUGUCGAGUUUCUCCGUGGCAUUGCCAACCCUCUUGGGAUCAAGGUAAGUGACAAGAUGGACCCUAAGGAGCUUGUGAAGCUGGUUGAGAUCUUGAACCCUCAGAACAAGCCGGGGAGGAUCACUGUGAUAGCAAGGAUGGGGGCAGAUAAAAUGAGAGUGAAACUCCCUCAUCUGAUUCGGGCGGUCCGGGGGGCUGGACAGAUUGUAACCUGGGUCAGUGACCCCAUGCACGGGAACACCAUCAAGGCCCCUUGUGGUCUCAAGACUCGACCUUUCGAUUCAAUUCUGGCUGAGGUUCGGGCAUUCUUUGAUGUCCAUGAGCAAGAAGGAAGCCACCCUGGAGGUGUGCACCUGGAGAUGACCGGGCAGAACGUGACUGAAUGCAUUGGUGGAUCACGGAAUGUCACCUUCGACGACUUGUCUUCGCGCUACCACACUCAUUGUGACCCUAGGCUGAAUGCCUCUCAGUCUCUUGAACUUGCCUUCAUCAUCGCUGAGCGACUAAGAAAGAGAAGGAUUGCGUCAAGGCCCCUUAACCAGGUCAGCUCCUUGCCCUCCCUGGGUCUUUGAAGAAGAGUAGCGUGUACAAAAAUGUCAAGAGGUCUAGCAAUCCUUCUUUUGCCUGGAUGUGUUGCUCUGGGUGGAUGGAUAUGAGCUUCUAAAUUAUGUUAUCUGGUGCUUUUUCUUUCUAAUAAUGGUGGAACUUAUGUACCCCUAAGAUAAUUGUUUGUUUUUGGCGUGAGAGUUUAAGAAUAAAAUGCAAAGUUCUUUUUUGGCA